AUGAACGACGAAUUCGCACAGUUUUUCUUGCCUGGUCUGGAGUUUGAUGAUACUCUGUUCACUUCGCUCUCCCGUCAGCCCUCGAUACGUUCCGUAUCGGAUAAUUCGGAAAAACCUAUUCUUAUCACAUCUCGCACCGGAUCUGAUGAUAUUUCUGUUGUCGAUGAUACCGUUUUCCCCGAUAUUAGGGGGGUCAGAACGUCGCAUUAUUCUAGUCUAGUGCCUCUAGAGGCCUCCGAGGCUUCACCACGUACUCGCCAGGCUGUUUUUCACCAGGAUUAUGAUGGUGGUUCCGCAGUUAAAUAUCAGCAGGCUUCUUCCACUUCAACUUCUUUUCCACAAGAUUUAUGGGGCUUAUCCUUUCCUCCGAGUCAGAUUUAUACCCCAUCCAGUAUGACGUCAAUUAGCCAGUGGCUCGGGUCUGACUCAAGAUCUCCAAUUGGUUUGCAUGCGAAUGAUUCUAAUGCAUCCAUUCGAGCUUUGGAUGAAAUAGGUAUGCCUAUAUACCAGACUUCUCCAAAUCAAGAUUCUUUGGCCAAAAAUCGUUCUCUUUCUGCUAAAAAAUUAAAGAAUGUUACAGAAACGUCAAAUAAAUCUGAGUCUUGUCACCAAAAAGGCAACCCUUUGGCUUUGAAAACCGUACCACCACCAUCGGUUCCUCAACUAAUAAACGUUUCCGGGGAGCCGGUCUUCUUUUCUGCUUCAGGUAAUCUGGAUGGUCGAUUCUACUCUAGCAACAAAUAUCUCGCUACUAGCAAGAAGGAUGAAUUUCCGAUAGCUUGCUAUAGAAGGAAUUAUAUUGUUCUUGAGACGGUACUUGAAUUCUCUGAUCUUCCCCAUGUUCUGAUUUGUGAAGAUGGAUCUCGAUGUAAAGUGCGUUCCAUUAAGAUGUCCGUUUCAUCAUCUUCGAACUUUUCUAGUAGUCCAGUGGAUCUUUCACUUUUCAUAAAUCACAAGAAAUCCAUCAAAGCACCCCAAGGGUUACAGGAAACUCUAAUGGAAUCGUCAACGAUUGCGUUGGACCCAUCUAAAGGAAAACAGAAAAUCGUGUUAAACAGAUUUCAGUUCAAGAAAGCAACCCCUAAUAACGGUAAACGAGUUAUCAAAGAUUAUUACUAUUUAGAUGUUAGGAUCGACCUUGUGGUAUUGGGUUCAGAUGGAAUCGAGAAAGAAGCUUCCCUUACCAUGUUGAAGUCGAAUGCGAUAUCGGUUAGAGGUAGGAAUCCAUCCUUCUACAAUGAUAAAAUGGAUAUCUUCAUUAAAGAGGAUGAGCACGGCAAGACCUUGCGAAAGCGACUUUCAAAACCUCUGGUUCCUCAAAAGGUCACUGAAGAAAACAAAACCCCACAAAAUAUAACCCUAAAGAUCCAUUCCAGAUACAAGUAUUUUCCUAUCAAGUCAAAUUAUUAUCUACCCCCCUUACGCGCUUACUAUCUACCGCAUAGUGCAGCUCACAGAGAAGUUAAGGUUGACGAUUUGAGGUUGAAGAGAAGAAUGAGCAAUGUCCCAACAUAUAACUUCUUUAUCCGUCGUAAAGAUAAGGUUACUAGCUGA